AUGGGAGUCCGUUGCCUUGCCCCGCGCUUUACUGCCACUGCCGAGUAUCCAGUACGCCGCUGGCUUGCCCCCGGCAGCUGCUGGGGGGAGGGGUGCGCCGUCUGCGCGCCGCCCACACGCCACAAACCUCUUCCCCCACCCCCACCCCCCGCACACCUCAUACACCGAAAACCCUCUACGCGCCCCACACCCCCCCUCGCCAAACCAUCCCCACUCACACCAAUCACCUCGUUCGCUUCGCGUGCAGUGGGUGACGACGUACGAGAAACUCUAUGCGAUGUGAACUCUCCGCGAAACGAAUUUUUCCUAAGAUCCCCGCGUGGUGAAAUAGCGAGUGUGUAUCUGGACAAGCUGGACGCGGUCAGCCGCUGCCUCGGGCGCGUGCUCGACUCCCCCCGCCAGCCUCACACCCCGCACCUCCCCCCGCACUCCCCGCGGGACGUGCCGUGA